CAUACAUCAUCUGUACUGUAUGGGAAGGCCCUGCAAUCCUUCCCGGCAAAGUUGAUUAACCGCCAGCUCAUCCGAGAGCGAGCCAACUGCAUCAUCCACACGUCCAUGGCGAAGGCAACAAGGCGGGGGGAUGACAUCGACCACAAGUUUAUUUCUCCAACGCAUAUCGGUAAUUGUAUUGCCUCGAGACUGAGGUAGUAUUUGAAUAGCAGCACGCGCAGUCCUCUCCCCUUCUUUACACCAACUUUAGCUUUAUUGACUGAAUCAUCCUCAACAGUUCUACAUAUCCCCUGAAAACAGGGAACAGUCAAGGAAGAUCAAACAAUCUAUUUAUCUACCAUGGCGCCUCCUCUUCAUCCCCUUAUUGAUCACGGUAUCACCAAGGGAAGCCCUAGCUUUUUGGGUGGCAAGCUGUGCUGCCACUGCCAGAACGAUGCCGUUGAGGUUACAAUCUCAGGGAACGUCGCCCACAACCAUGCCUGCGGAUGCUCCAAGUGCUGGAAGCCAAAGGGCGCACUCUUCUCCAUCGUUGCUGUCAUCCCAAGAGACCAACUCAAUGUGACGGCCAAUGGAGACAAACUCCAUAUCGUCGACAAGGGUGCAACUAUUCAACGAAACGCCUGUAAGGAGUGUGGUGUGCACCUCUUUGGUCGAAUUGAGAAGGAACAUGCCUUCAAGGGUCUGGAUUUCGUACACGUGGAACUAUCGAAGCAGCAGGGCUGGCAGGAGCCCCAAUUUGCCGCCUUUGUUUCAUCCAUCAUCGAGCAAGGAUUUGAUCCCAGAGGCAUGGACGAGGUUCGCACCAAAUUCAAGUCGCUCGGGCUCGAGACUUAUGAUACUUUGUCUCCUCCUCUCAUGGAUGCUAUCGCAACUUGGACGGCGCAGAAAGCAGGGCUGUUGCCUUCGGACUAGUAUGGAAAGUAGCACAUAAGAGAUCAGAUGGGAGGGAAGCAUUGAUCGGUACAUCUCACUAAAGCACC